AUGGCUGGAUUCAUCAGCGACGCUCAGGCCAAGGCCCUUUCUCAAGAGGCGGAGGCCUCUAUCUGGAGCAAUGAUGGGCAGAACGCUAAUAGUAAUGCUGUCCAAGGCUCGAAAGAGCAGCAAUUUACCAUCCAGCCCCAUCCUGCUAAAACCAACGAUCCGAACGAUUUGAAGCCAUCGGUUGGCUUCUUGGCCAAUGCUGGCAUAGCAGCUCACCAUGCCACUGGCCCGCAAAUUCCGAACCAGGAGAUUUUGAACAGUCUAGAGCAACCUCUUAGCCGUGAAGAACUUCAGAAGAGGCAGGCCGAGUUGAACAACCUAAACUAG